AGGUAACUGAAAUGUGGCCUGACAGGUCUGAUGGGUACUCAGAGACACACAGAGAGUCAGAGAGACUUAGGCAGGGUCGCUGAGUGACUGACAAGCCUGUCAGCCAGGUGGAUUUACUAGCAGUCUGGCUGGAAUUAAAACAAUGGCAUAGUUGUGUUUGUGUGGAACUGGAUUGCACCUGAUCAUUUCACUGACUGAGAGGGAACCUCUGGGGGCCCUGUGGACUCCCACCACCAACACCAGACGUGACAGACUGGAAUUUCCCUUCCUUUUCCCUGGCUGGAGCCAGGGGCAGAUGGUCGCUCUAAGAGAGAGUUUGAGCAGAACUCAGGAAGGAGAGUGAGAGGAAGGGUGGGAGGAGGUCCGGAGAGGGAGAGGGGAAGAGAAGCGAGGAGUGGAGUGGACAUAAGAGGAGACAUGCUUCGCUACGGUUCUGGACGAACGGUUUCCACCACCACCACCACUACCACAACAACAGAGGACUCUCCAGAGUCUUUAAGUGAGAGGAGGAUCAGGCGUCUCAGGUUAACUCUACAUGCGGGUGAUAAUGAAAACAAGGAGCCAAAAAGUGCUAACUCAGACACAGCAGAAAAAGAGAAGGAUGUCAAUAGGGCAUGGAAGAAGAAGAAUGGGCUGAUCCAAAGAGAGAGGCCAGCUGGCAGGGAGUCACCUCAGCAGCACCUCGGAGACAUGACCAAUGGGGUGCCAGAGACCUCGCUGCAGCAUCAUGGGCCCAAAGUGUACGGUGUUGUGCAGAGGACGGGCUCGGACAAACAGCCGGAGGUGAUGGCGCGUGAGUGGACGGCCAAUCACCUUCAGGAUGAGAUGAGGUACAUCAGGGAGGUAAGAGACUCAUUGGAGAAGGUGAGAGAGCGAAUGUACGGGCAGUUCGGAGGAAUGCAGCAAUCAAUGCAGAAGCUCUCGCAGGAAAUCAGGGCGGCCAAUUCUCAACGGAAGAGUCUGGAGUCAGAGGUGAAGGUCCGGACAACAGCCAUGGAGAACUUUGAUCAGAUGAACAGCUCUCUUAUAUCUGCAAACCUCAGCCUACAGUUUCCUUUACAGAAAUCCCUCAUAGAGAACUGUCAGAACAGAGUGGACAGGAGAGAGGAGCUGAAGACUUUGAGGAGCAACUAUGAAAAAACACAAGAAAAACUCAGAGACAAGGACAAGGAGCUGGCUGCUGCGCAGGCUGAGAACCAGACUCUGAGACUACAGGUGGAGUCUUCACGGGAGGCCAACACUCAGGCGCUGCAUGAGCUGUCGGCAAAGCUAAAGCAGGAGUAUGAAGAAAAGCUGCAGGAGGAACAGCGGAAACACAGAGAGGAAAUUGAAAACCUACAGGCCCAACUUGAUGAGUACAUCAGGCGACUAGAGGAAGCAGAGAAAACCAUCAAGAUUGCAGAGGCCAAGAUUGCUGAGAGGGACCAGAGGAUCAUUGAAGUGGAGCGUCUACUGGACUGUAUGGGAAAGGAAAAGGGCCAACUUCAGAAUAAGCUGCAGGAAUGUGAGCAGCGUCUCCGCUUGUUGGAGCUGACAGACACAACUGAUGCAACUGUAGUCAAAAAGUCCAAAGAGCUGCAGUCUGAAACUGUGGAUCUCCGUGAGAGGAUCAAACACUUGAACGACAUGGUGUUCUGCCAGCAGAGGAAAGUCAAAGGAAUGAUUGAGGAGGUUGAAUCACUGCGAGCUCAAGUUGCUCACAAGGAUAUGUUCAUCUCAGAGCUUCUGGAUAGAAUUGCAAUAGUGGAGUGUGAGAAUAAUGAAUUAGAAGACAAGCUGAAGUAUUUUAUGUCCACACAGAAUAGAUCACGAGAGGUUUUGGAAACCAGAGAGAUAGGAGUAGGCUGUGAUCUGCUCCCCAGACAUGAAGCAGGUGGGCAUGAUGUUAACCCUCCAGUUUACCGUGAACCAACUCAUCUCCAACCCAUACAACACCCACCACCUCUUCAACCUCCAUCACCAGUGAAAACUCCAUCAACCACCCAACCUUCAUCUCCCACACAACCUCUUUCCCCCACACAACCUUUGUCCCCGAUACUCCCUCUAUCACCCACACAACCUUCAUCCCCAAUACUCCCUCUAUCAACCAUACAACCAUCAUCUUCCACACAACCUCUUUCCCCCAUACAACUAUCAUCCCCAGUAGAACCUUCAUUCCACACACAAUCUGCACCUUCUACAUCUCCCAUUCAACAUCCAUUCCUCUAUUUGACAACACCCACACAACCAAGGACGUUCAAGUCUAACCCUCCACCCAGCAGGCUGGAGUCCAGUUUACUGAGAUACACUCCUGUCCAAUAUAGUCGCUUCCUGCAGUCCAGCCCCUCAGUAGAGAGUGGGAUGUUCUCCUACACCAGUUCGUCUGAAUCUGAGCCACCUGUGAGUCCAGUCCAGUCUAGGAGAGAUGAGGUGGAUGCACAAACAAACACAGAAACACAAUCAAGUCAAGAGGAAUCCACUUUCUCUUUUCAACCAAGAUCAAGAACCCCUGUUUAUUCACCGUUCAUGAAGCUUAUGGAAAUAACUGCAAACAUAAAAAUAGAUUCAUCUUGAAGUAAUAGUUUGAUAUUUUGGAAACUACACAUCUCGUCAAGAGUUUUAUGAAAUGUUCAGUAACACUUGACUAAGACUGGGGAAAGGGGAAACAGCUAGCCUGAGGUCUUUGUCCAAAGAUGACACCUGUUUUCAGUUUACUGCUACAUGUAGCUGCAGCUAACACAGCAUAAAGCUAAUCUGUACAUCAUGACUGUAUGGUAUGUACAAGUAGCUGAUGUUACAAUACAGUUAUAUGUUGCUGUGGUCAAAGCUAAACUAUUAAACUAAUUUACCGUACGAGACUGACAUUUAUUCUCUUAUAUUACUUGCAAGAAAGCAAAUCACAAAGUGUAAUUCCUAAAAUGUUGGACUGUUCUGUUAAAGCUCAGACAUCUUUGGUAUUACCACAGGUUAUCUUUUUUUUCUUUUUGUUUUGUCUUUAAUAACCACAUGUGACACAGCUUUAAUGUUUCAAACAGUCACAAGUUGGUAUUUGCAUAUUCUGGUAGAUGAAGUUAAAUGUCUAAUGUCUGUAUUUGUGCUUAGCAGUUUUCAUGAAAAUGUUGCUUGCUGUUGGGUGUAAAUAAUCUGAUGCUCUGUAAAAAUAUUUUGUAAAGGAUUAUAUUUGUUUUGUUUACAGCGAAUGUAGCCCUCCUAUGUUGCUCAUAUAAGCAUUCAGUCCUAUAUGAAGGUUGAUAGGGUUAUUGUGUGUAUUUUAUAUCAGCUCUGUACAAAUUAAAUGAAUAUUAUUUUCUUAUUGUCAUAAUAUGUACAAAAUAUUUAUUAAUAUGCUUUGUGCCUUUGUGAGCAGCCUACUAUUUGAUACUGGUGAUGGGAAUGAAUCUAUUUAAAUUGGCGACAGGGUAAUUUAAUAAUGUAAUAUGAAAUAUAUUUGCUAAUGAUAAAACUGUUCAAUCACUUUAAAUAUAAUUACCUUAAUGAGAUGACUGCCAUUCCUGAGCCACAGGCACAAGUAUUAUCCAGAUGUUGCCUGCACUGCCACAACUGUGCUUAAAAAACUUUUAUGAUGUGCCUUUUCCUUAUCAAUACAUAUCAUACUGAGACUAAUGGUAAGAGGCCAGCGUAUGUUUGGAUAAUAAAGACUUUACUGUAUAAAUAA